CCUACCUCCCACUCUUUAGUCAAAUUACAGUCAAAUCUAAACUGUACAAAACUCCCUCAGACAGUAGUAUUGUGUAAAUCCAGAGUGUCCUUGGUUAAUGAUUUCUUUUUUAUUAUUUCUGGGUGUGUUCGACUUCUGUAUUAUGUACAUUUCAUACAGUCCACUGCUACUAGUUUGACAGGGGCUGCUUAUGUUCCUAGAUGGAUUUUAAUACUCACUAAUGAGGUAUUGGAGAUCUUAAUGGCCCUGAUGAUGUCUGCAAGAUAUUCUGGCAGAGCAUACCAGUCCUUUGCUACAGGACCAGGAAGUCAUGCCCUUCACCAGCUAUCCCAGCAUGCAGUACACCUCAGUGGAGCCCUCCAUGUCAUCACCAUCAUUCUACUCCAGUCAGCAUUGCUACCCACAGUACAGUGGGGAGGAGUGGUACUCUCCCUCCGCCGUGUUUGAGAUGAGGAAAGGACCGUUGGAGGGGGGCUUUGAUAAUGAGCUGGAUGAGUCUUGCCCUGUUGUCCCAACUGUGUGUAAAAGGUCCAGACACGCAGCCCACCCUGGAAGGAGCAAAGGCGAGGAACUGUGUGUGGUCUGUGGAGAUAAAGCAUCAGGGUAUCACUACAAUGCGCUCACAUGUGAAGGAUGUAAAGGUUUCUUCAGAAGAAGCAUCACAAAGAAUGCUGUAUAUAAAUGCAAGAGUGGAGGAAACUGUGAGAUGGACAUGUACAUGCGCAGGAAAUGCCAAGAGUGUCGACUCAGGAAAUGCAAAGAGAUGGGCAUGCUGGCAGAGUGCUUGUUAACUGAAAUUCAGUGCAAAUCCAAAAGGCUGAGGAAAAACACCAAGGCCUCAUCUGACGAAAGUACAGGGGAUGAUGUUGGUGACAGUCGAGAUGCUAAACAAGUUGUAUCUACCACUAAACCCUCCAAGGAGAAUAUAGAACUGAGCCAAGACCAGCAGGCUUUAAUAAGUUAUGUAGUUGACGCUCACAACAAACAUCGCAUCCCUCAGGAUAUGGCGAGAAAACUGCUACAAGAACAAUUUAACGCAGAAGAAAACUUCCUUCUACUGACUGAAAUGGCUACUAGUCAUGUUCAGGUGCUGGUUGAGUUCACAAAAAAUAUACCAGGUUUUCAAUCUCUGGAUCAUGAAGAUCAGAUCGCUUUAUUAAAAGGUUCUGCCGUAGAGGCAAUGUUUCUGCGUUCAGCCCAGGUCUUCUCCAAGAAGCUGCCCAACGGACACACAGAGGUACUAGAAGACAGGAUCAGACAGAGUGGGAUAUCUGAAGAGUUUAUCACACCCAUGUUUAACUUCUAUAAAAGCAUUGGGGAGCUACAGAUGAUGCAAGAGGAACAUGCUCUCCUCACUGCUAUCACAAUCCUCUCACCAGACAGACCAUAUGUAAAGGACCAGGAGGCAGUAGAGCGUCUGCAGGAGCCAAUGUUGGAGGUGUUGAGGAAGGUCUGUAAACUACAGCACCCCCACGAACCCCAGCACUUUGCACGGCUUCUCGGUCGUCUGACUGAGCUUCGCUCCCUCAACCACCACCACGCUGAAGUGCUGGAGUCGUGGCGCAUGAGCGACCACAAGUUCACCCCACUCCUCUGUGAGAUCUGGGACGUUCAGUGACUUUGUGGAAGAGAAAAUUUACACAAAAUGGGGAAGUGAAGGAGAAAUGCUAGAGACUUUUACUAAGCUGCCAAAGAGAGGAGUUCACACACUUUUCAGAGAAGAGGACUGUUAAAGUAUGUAAUGUAAACAUAAUAUAUUGUCAAACUUCAUGUAAGAUUUUAAAGACAUUAUCAGCUCUUCAAGAAAAGACUGAUGUACACAUUUUUAUAUUGUAAUACCUUCGAAAAUGUUUUCCUGGCCUUUGCUACUUGGCAACUUUGUUUUA